GAUUGCUCACCAACCAACUACCGUACCCAAUUAGUAAUAAGAGCAUCAGUCGGGUAAUAAGCGUUUUUGAUGUGCGGUAAAACCUUCAUUCACGGUUCAGAAUAGAAAUUGCGUCAGGUUUGCUUCACUUAUCGUCACUGCACAGAGGUUAACUUGCACGACACCCGCAGGCCGCAACCAGACAAUCCGUCGUUUCCGUGUGUUAUUUUGCAAUACGUUUUUAAAGUGGGUCAGCAGCCACAGCAGUGGGGGCAGCAGCUAGACUGAUCUAGUCGCAUUUUGGAGAGUGCUGUGCACUUCAACCGAGUUCCAUCAUGAUGGAUGUAACGGUGAAAACGUUGGAUUCACAGACGAGGCAGUUCUCAGUUCCUGAACAGAUCACAGUGAAAGAGUUCAAGGAGAGAAUUGCAGGAUCUGUGAACAUACCAGCGACAACCCAGCGCCUCAUCUUCUGCGGACGCGUUCUCCAAGACGCUAAGAAGCUGUCCGAGUAUGACGUCCACGGGCGCACCAUUCAUCUUGUGGAGAAACCGCCACCCUCCACCAACACCUCUGGCUCGAGCACGUCAUCCUCAACAACCAGUGCAGGAGGCAGUGGAAGUGAAGGCAGAGACAGUUUCUUAAUGGGUGCAAUCACUGUGCAAGCAGAUGUUGGGGAUGCAGGAAACGUACAUGUCCAGCCCAACGGUUCCCACAUGGACGUCCAUAUCAACCUGGGCCCCAUCAACGUAGCCCCGCCUGUCAGUGCCUCCCAGCAACGUGUCAACCAGAUCCAGAACCUGCUCCGACAGGUCAACGCCCUACUGGACAGGUUGGAGAACCCAACACAGAUUCAUACGGCUCAGACUGACAGGGCUGCCUCAACCCCUAGUAGGAGCACCCCUGCCAACAGCUCUGCAUCAGCCAAUAGCAGCCCUCCAACCACCACCAGCUCCAACACUCAGACCAAUCAGCAGUCUUCUACCACCACGGGGGAUGCCGCCCCUGCUUCUGAAGCGGCCACUGAUGGUCAGGCCAGAGAUAAUCAGGGAAGGAGAAGUAGUACUGUGACACAUCCCAGGGGCACCGUGAUGGCGGACAUUUUGACCGAGAUGGCUCGUGUCUCCAACCGUCUCCAACCGUUCCUGGACCAGUACCGUGAACUGCUUAGCGGGGAUCAAGUCUUUGAAGGAGACUCUGAUCGGCUGCCAGCCCAUCGUUUGCAGACCCAAGUCAACCAGGCUCUCCAUUACAUCAGUCACAUCUACCACGCCAUCUCUGAUUGCAUGAUGGACCUCAAUACUUCCCCUCCUCGCGUACUCCGAGCUCCGGCGGGCAUGAUGGUGGCCCCUAUACGUCCCCCUGGCCAAAUGCCUGUACAUGUGAACAUAGGUCAACCAGCUCAACCAGCGCAAGCUUCCACCCAAGCCCAAGACCAACCAGCCUCCCAGGCCUCCCAAGCAACCACCUCGGCCUCGGACCAGCCAGCUACAACAACCGCUGGCAGCCGUGCAGCUUCGACCCGCACCAGUGCCACCAGCACCACCCAGACCCACUCCCGCGAGCAGCAGCAGGUGCCCGUACUCACCAACGCCUCGGUCACCCUGACCAAUCAGCAGACGUUUGUCAUCACGCCCCGGGCUGGUGCGCCGGGGUACGUGGCCAUGCCUGUCUCCUCGUCAUCUGGUCCGACCCCGCCGGCAGCAGGUGCACCGCCGGCGACCAGUGGUGCGCAGGCGGAGAGCGGGGGAACAGGGAACCGUAACAACCAACCAGGUCCCACAACAAGAUCACAAGGACCUCAUGUCCACAUCCACCAGCUAGGCCUGAACCCAGGCAGCAUACCCCCGGCUGGACUGCUCCAAGUCAUGGCGCAGAUGGUGGGCCAGCAACAGAUGCAGCAAAUGGCCCAGUUCCCUGCCAAUCAUGCCGGUCCGACAAACACCUCCUCCACCCCUACCACCUCCUCUCCCAGAGCCCAGCAGAACUCCCAGUCCACCCCCUCCCCCCAGAACCAGAACCAGUCCCAGUCCCGCCAGUCCGCCCAGACGCCUCCCUCUCCCCUGGCCUUCUUCAACCCCUUGCAGUCCCGCCAGGCCUGGGACCCCCUCCUGCCCUGCAACUCGCGCCACAUCACCGUGCGCCACAUCACCAACAUCGUGAACGUCGGCUCCACUGGAAGGGGAAGGGCAGGGGCCGGCAGCCAGAACGCCGCCACAGGCACGGCGGGAUCUGAGGAGGCUGCCGGUAGAAAUCCAGGGGACGAAACGCGAGCUGAAUCAGCUCAGAACGAUGGAGUGCCACAGCCAUUGGGAGCUGAUGGCAGUUUAUCUGACAUGAUAGGGGGCCUCGUCGGUGCCCUGCUCAACCAGCAACAGCAGCCAUUUGUACAGGUUGUUCCCGGUGCCCAACAAACCACCCAGCAAGCACAAGCAACACGGCAGCAGCCUCGUCAAGCAGGGGGGUCCUCAGGCUCGUCCUCUAGUGCCCCCACUGGCGGCUCGGAGCCAGGCGGCCGAAGCGGCGAGCCGUUAACGGACCAUAUGCUGAUAAACAUGGUCAUGAGGAUGUCGCAGGAGAUGGGGGAUGUGGGCACCAGGCCCCGCAGCAACCAGUCCAUGAGACAGUUCCUGGCUGGCAUGGGCGUGGGCGUGGAGCCCGGAGAAGGCUUCAUGGGUGAGGUGCUUGACCUCGUGACCCAGCAGCUAGGGAUUGCUGACUUUGCCGCCAUGUUCUUAGGCCAGCCCGCUCCACUUGACCGACUCCGCCCUAGCCUGGAGCGUUUCGUCAACGAGCGCGUCAUGAGGGGCCAGCCUAUGAACUCCGACAACAUCCAGGUGGCUGUUGGAAGGAUCAUGGAUGAAGUGCAGCCCUCAGUAGCAGAAUUUAUGAGUGGUGCCCAAACAGUACAAAAUAUUGAUGCUGUGGCAACUCACAUGAAAUUCCUGCACAGCAUUCUAGAGCGGUUUGUGCGUCUCUUUGCACCUCCAUCAGAGCCAAGAGCAUUUGGGGAACAGAUGAGGUCUCUAGGACAGAACGCUCUGCAUCAAUGGGUGGCACUGAUGCUAUACAUCUUUGGCGACCGGCCCAGCGUGGAUCGUUUCCUGUCCGAACGCUUGCGUACCUGGUUCAGUGGUCCUGAUGACUCCGGUCCGGGCAGUCUCGUGGCGUCCAUGUCCUUGCAGAACUUUGACCUGGCCCACCGCAUGCUGACCAUUACCCCGGACCAGGUGGCACACUUCAUUGUGAAGAAACAGCCAGCAUCGGAUACAGAUCGUAGUGCCAGCGAGACCUCCUCAACGCCAGCUGCCACUGGCUCUUCCAUGGAAACAGAGCAGCAGCCUGACCAAUUAGAAGACAGCUUAGAUAAUGAUCAGGUGAUCAUUGAGGCACAGAUACUUGUUGAAGAGCCAAUGGAUGCUCUUGUGGCCCCUGAACUAGCACAAGUUCAGCCAGUUGCUGUAGAGGGGGCCACCCCAACAAGUACUGAAGCAGCUGCAACACCAGUUCCCAUAGCAACACCAUCAGAAGAAGGUGCUGUUGCCAUGGAAACUGCUGGCUGGGAGGCUGCAGUCCCUGCUGAAUGGGUACCGGUUAUCAACCAAGAUAUUGGCCGGCAGCGCAGACAAGCUCCGCAGGGGGGCCUCAGUGAUGCAUAUCUUGCCGGCAUGCCGCCAAAGAGAAUGAAGCUGACCCAAGAUCGCAAGGCACCCAUCAACAACGGCGUAGAGACCUUCAUUCCGAACACCCUGCGCCGAGCCGUGCAGGCCGUGGGAGCCCAGCCCCUGACCAGCGUCCAAGCCCUGGUACAGGACGCCGAGGCUAGCUCCUCCCUCCACGAAGCCUGCGAGGAGCAGAUCAGGAGCGCCCUGCAGGAACGGUUACGCCGGGAUCCUGACUACGAUCCGCAGCGGUUCCCACACACAGACAAGUAUAUCCACAAGAAGAAGUAAUUUUAAAGUGCUCCAGUUGGAGAGGGGAUUUUCUCUUUUAAUCUUUGAUUUGUUGUACGACUAUAACAUGACAGUUACUGUGAUAACAAAGUGGUGGAAAAAUACUAUGUAUCUACAUUGUAUGUUUUAAGAAAGCAACAUUUCCACAGUGUCCUAAAAAAAACCAGCAACAUAUGUUAGAGCUCUGCAUUUUCAAAUAAUCGCUUAUUCCAACUUUGAUUUGAUUGAAUAUUCAAUAAAUUUGAUUUCAACAUGCACUGAUCAAGUAAAACAUGCGCUGGUCUAAAAUUGCCACUAGUAGGGAUUUGCGUGCGCAUGCCGUUUUCGAAAAAUUGAUAAAGAGCUUAUUAAAACACAGUAAAACCUGCCACUCAGGCCACCUCAAUAAAGAGACCACCUGCUCAGUCUGGCCACCUUUGGUUGGACUCGACAACAAUUGUACAUGUAUUACACAACUUUUCCACUGUGGCCACCUGGAUCAUAGUAGCCACAUGCCACUGGUCCCUUUGGUGGCCACUGUAGCCAGGUUAGACUGUAAUAUAGUGAACAGGUAGCAGUGGCUGAUAUUUGAAUGACUUUUAAGAAGAAAUUAGAGCUAAUAUUCCUCAUUGAAGCUCUCAAACUAUGUGUGAUAAUGGCUUUCAACAAAAGUGUUGCAUUUGACAAACAGUAAAAACACGUCACAUAAUUUAAAAUGUUUUUCAUCAUCUCCUCGCUCACAUUUCAAAUAUUUGAAUUGAACAAAAUGCUAUUUGGAUAUUCGGUUGAUGAUCGAAUAUUCUAUAAAAUGAUAUUCGGCGCAGCCCUAACGUAUGAGGGAAAUUGCUGAUGGGCACCGCACAUCUGGUGGUUGGGGAAUUUCCAUUGGAGGUUGUUAAAUUUAUGUAAGAAAUGGGCAGCGUGGGAAGUGAUUGGCUAGGGGUAGUAUCUGAAUUUCCGUCGGUGUUAUGACUUUUUAUGGGAAUUUGCCAACUCUCUAUGGCAAAUCGCUGAAUUUUAAUGGGUUAGCACUGGCAUAUUAUUGAAAACUAUUAAUCACAAUGACAGAAUAGCUGACUGACCACAGCAAACCUUAGACCUACAAUACAUGUACUUUGUUAAAUAACCAAUAGAAACCAAUUGACUUGGUAUGGUAGUCAAGGGUUUACACGGAAUGAAAGGAAGCAUGUUUUUUUUUCAGUGGGGCAACGUGCUAUGUAGUCGGAUUACAGCAUAUCUACACUAUGGUAUAGCAAUUUCUGUUGGCACAAAUUCAGUUUUUGUGUUCUGAUGUAUAAGCUAGUUCACCAAGCCUAACAAAGAUGGCAGGUUGGUCAGAGUUCUUGGGCUUUUGAUUAUAGGUAGGGAUCUGAAUACUUUACGCUUUCUCCAUUUCUCAGAAUGCAAACAGUGUUCAAUGACUGAAUGGAUGUGCUCCAAAAAAAACUUAGUGUGCAUUGCUCUUCAAUUGUGUUUAUAUAAGAAAAACACAAACAUCACAGAAUAUUAAUCCUAUCACCCUUUGAUUUUUUUUGCAAGGAAACCUGAAUCCUUCAGAAAUCGACCACUGCUAAGAAACACAAUAGCACAUUGUACUUAAUCGUUCUACUUGCAUACAAUCCCCACGUAAAGGUACUUUGCCUGGGCUGUUGACUUUCACAGUGUAUCACAAUUAUAUAAAUCUAGUGGAUUUCAAAGGAUAUAAUUAUUCGAUUAAAAAGGGUUAACAACGUUUUCAUUUUGAAACGGACGGUAAGUUUAAUUGUUAAAAAGUUUUGAUUUUUUUUCAAUUUGUAUUAUGCAAUCAUCAUCCAUCAUUUCCUUGUUCACCGUACAUGUACAUGCAUGGAUUAUUCCUUUCAAAGCAUCUCUUUUUGUUCAAGAUCAUUUUUUCUUUAAUUUCUGUUUGUUGUUUAUCACAUUUUCAUAGAAAGCAUUGCUUAAACACUUGCAUGAAUGUUUCAUUUAGCCAUCCAAUUCAAUGAAUACGCAGAACUACCUAUCAAAGACUUCUUCUGUCUUGCAGUGCUUUUAAUUAGCAUUUGUUUUGUCUUGUUUUAUUAUUCUUAAGGAUUUUAAGGUACAAUUCCCAAUUUACAAGCUCUUUAAAUUUUCCCCUUAAAUAAACAAAUCAAGGUUAAAUGUAUCCACACUACAAACAUCAAAUUCUGAAUCAGACCAUGCUAUGUUUUGGUUAAACAUACGCUGCAUUUAAAUACAUUGAUUUUUUUUUUUGGCUUGCUUAUGCUUUUUAAGAAUGGAAGUUUUGCAGUAACACCAUGUGAAAAAAAAUCUCUUUUGAGUUGUGUGGUUCUGAGAAGAACCAGUUGUUUAAACUCGACGUUUCAAACAGUGUGUUCCUGAUGACAACAGGGCCCAAUUUCACGGCGCUGCUAAGCAAAACAAAAUGCUUAGCACAAACAAGCCUGGCGUAUAAAAGCAUUUACCAGCCAAAACUCCACGUGAUUUUCAUGCUAAAGCAAACAACAGCUGAAUACUUAUCAAGAGCAAUAUACAUCACAUGGAGUUUUGGCUGGUAACCUGCUUUUAUAAGCCAGACUGUUUUGUGCCAAGCAAAUGUUGGUGCCUAGCAUUGCCGUGAAAUUGGCCCCUGAGCAUACUGUCGAAACUUCGAGUUUAAACAACUGGUUCUUCUCGGAACCACACAAUUCAAAAGAGAUAUAUAUUUUCACAUGGUGUUACCGUAAACCUUCCAUUCUUUGUUCAUGUCCACCAUGCCAACCUUUAAAGUCUCAUUUAAUGCAUUUUAAUAUAUAACAUACCAAUUUCAUAGAUCUGCUCAGCGAAAAUAAAAAUGCUUAGCAGAAACAGGAUACCAGCGAAAAUGUUACGUGAAGUGUAUUGCUAUCGUCGGGUACCAGGCCGUUUUGGGCUUAGAACGUAACUUCGCUGAGCAGUGUUUCUGCCAAAUAGCAUUUUUCCAAGCAGGUCUGUGAAAUAAUUAAAGCAUUCAUUUUAACGCUGUUAUUCAAACUGGAUGCCUAGAAAACUAUUGUUACUGAACGUUUGUGUAUCAUUCUUCAUUCUCUUUGUUUUAAGAAUUAAUUGAUAGUCAUUUGUCUGAAGUCAGAACAUUUGUUGAAAUAAAUCUUUACGUGCACGUCUGGAA